AUGUCUGAUGGAGGUCAGAAACCGAAGACGAGUUUAGGCUUUCACCUUGCUGCUGGACUCGGCUCUGGAGUCGCCAGCGCCUUCUUGCUACAGCCGGCCGACCUGUUGAAAACACGCCUGCAGCAAACCCACGCGCCCUCCCUGCGACACGCUCUCCGCCAGGUCCUCGACGGCCCCAGCCCCAUGCGCCAGCUGUGGCGUGGCACAACCCCGUCAGUCAUCCGCACGGGAUUUGGCUCGGCGCUGUACUUUGGCAUGCUCAAUCAGAUGAGACAGUACGUCUCGCGCAUGCGCAUGCCCGCCGUUCCUGCAAUUCCGCUCACCGCGCCGUCACCGUCACCCUCGCCGUCACCGUCACCCUCACCCUCACCCUCACCCUCACCGUCACCCUCACCCUCACCCUCACCCUCACCCUCACCCUCACCCUCACCCUCACCCUCGAAUACUUCGUCGGCUUUGCCGAAACUCGGCAAUGUCGCCAAUUUAACGACGGGUGCGUUUGCGCGAGUCGCCGCUGGCUUUCUCAUGAACCCGGUCACGGUGCUGAAGGUGCGCUACGAGUCUACCCACUACUCGUACACCUCUCUAGCCGGAGCUGCACGAGACGUGGUUGCUAAAGAGGGCGUCCGUGGUUUCUUUGCUGGCUUUGGCGCCACAGCUGUGAGGGAUGCGCCGUAUGCUGGACUGUACGUUCUCAUCUACGAAGAGGCCAAGACGCGCUUGGGCGCUCUGUCCACAGUCGUGGCAGCACCAGAGGGAGGGCUUGCACCUCGUUCAAUGUCACGCUCGGCCACGAUCAACUUCCUGUCUGGCAUCGUUGCGGCAGUCACUGCCACGGCCAUGACAAACCCUUUCGACGCCAUCAAGACACGCCUUCAGAUCGCGCCGGGAAGGUACAAGAAUAUGCUCCAGGCGGCGAAGAUGAUGCUUCAAGAGGAAGGCGUCCGGAGCAUGUUUAGUGGACUAAGUCUUCGCAUUGGCCGCAAAGCCCUUAGCAGCGCCUUGACCUGGACGGUGUACGAGGAGAUCAUUCGGCGAGCUGAGCAAGCCAUUGUCUGA